AUGAUUCUCGUCGGGAAUAGUCAUCGUCACUGUUUGCGCAGAGUGUGGAAAGUUUAUCGGCAGGCCUACGAAACAUUCCCUGAUAGAGCUCUCUCACUUGUCACCCAAGUAUCUCUUUACAUGAUACUGUUGAGGAUGACCUUGCCCAGGUUCUGGCGGGCCGGGUGUAGUAGGAUUGGUGACGCGGUUCGCAAUGUUACGCUUGAGACAGUAGGACGCUCAUUAGGCGUACGAAAGGUUGAUGCUGUGAGAAUCUCUCUCCUUGCUCAGUACAGAGUACGGAGUACCUGCCUGCCAAUACGCUGGCAGUCAAACCCGUAA